AUGGUAGCCCAUAUGUCCUCACUAUUUUCAUUCAGCUCUAUCAGCAAGUCCUCAAACAACCCGGCCUAUGUCUCUUUUUCUAUGCGACCAGCACCUGGAGAUCGGGCAAAGAUCCUGGUCCAUCCUUCAGGCUAUUCAGGACAAGCCCCGCCUAUAUACUCGAUCACAAUAUCGGAAACGAGUACCCCCAACGUGAUUAUAUUUCGCGGCUGGGGAGGAGGGCCAUGGGACAUCGUUGGCGACAGUCGGCUUUCAACCUUUUCUUCCAAAUGCCAUCUGACCAUCCAAGGCCAAUCAAUGGAAAUGCGCCUCAACAAAAUGUCGGGCACCUGUACACUCGAGAAGCCUACAAUGGGCAAAUUGAAGUGGAAGCUAGAUAUGACAUUGAAAACCCUGGAGCUGCGCGAUGCUUCUGGUACGAAGUUGGCAAGACUUUACUCGGGGAAGGCAUCGGGAGAAAAGAUUCUGGAUAUUCUUGUCCCACAUGAUACUUGGUUUCUGGAAUUAGUGCUUCUCUCAGGGUUGACUGCAAGAAUGAAAAACAAGACUGAAAUGGAGGCUGCAGGGGAGAUUUUGAGUUCUAUCCUAGGGGCUUAA